AUGCCGAGGGGACGCGGUGGUGGUGGCCGUGGGCGUGGCCGAACAUUCACUAGUCCCGAAGAGUUGGAGGAACAACGUAAGAAAGAGCUUCGUCAAAAGGAAUGGAGGGCAAAGCGAGGAGAAGAAAGUGAAUCCGACGAAGAAGGCAGUGCAGACGGAUCCGAUGAAAGCAGCGAAGAAAGCAGUGAGGAGGAGGAGGAGGAAGGUGUACCCAAAGAGGAGAAAAGGAAAGGCGUUUCCGGCUUGAUCGAAGUGGAAAACCCGAAUUAUGUAGCCCCCAAGUUCAAGAAAGUCUCCGCCCUGGACACGCCUGGUGAGGCCGCUGGUGAAGCUCGCGUUGAAGGAGGGGCAGUUCAGCUGUCGCGUCGGGAGAGAGAGGAACUCCAGAAACAGCGGGCUAAAGCUCAUUAUCAAAAGCUUCACCUGGAAGGGAAAACAGAAGAAGCCCGCGCUGAUCUUGCGCGGUUAGCUAUAAUACGUAAGCAGAGGGAGGAGGCUGCCAAAAAGAAGGAGGAAGAACGGAAAGAUAAUCAAUUUUCCACAGCGAAAGAAGCAGCCGAGAAGGCGUCAAAGGCCAGUUGA